GGGGUCUCUUCAUCCUGGGAUUUAGGGUUCCGCGAGAGAGUAACGACUUCGUGAGUGAGUUUCGUGUUGGUGUUCAUAAAUUGAGGGAAAAUAGUCGAUUACUCGAAGAAUCGGUCUGCUUUUCCUCUGUCUCUCAGCCUCUCAGGUUCGUGAAUCGCAUUUGCCUCUGUCAUGUUAUUGACUUGAGCUCCAGAGACGAGAACCUGAUCUGUGAGUGAACUUCUCAUCUUCUUUCUUCGCUAUUGGAUAUAAGUAAGCAAGGUGAAAUUUAGUCGUUGAAGGUUGGGUAAUUUCAUUUCCCCUAUUUGAACCAGAUAGAUCUGUUGCUUAAGGUAACUUACAGCCUUUCUCAUGUAUUCGUUGAUUCUCCACGGAAGAAGGUUGCAGAAAUGGCGUCACGCAGUUAACCUUGUUCUAAAUGACUAUGCUUUUUCUGUGCCUAAUGUAUUCUCUUCUCUUUCCAACUCCUUCUCCUCUGCUAGUGUAAGCUCUCUUCAAGAUGGUCUCAAAGGUAACAACUUUACUGUCUCUUACCUCGUUGAUUCGUUGGGUUUCACUACUAAACUCGCAGAAUCAACCUGGAAGAAAGUCACCUCAGAGCCCAAAGGUAAUCCAGAUUCUGUUCUGAAUCUGUUGAGAUCUCAUGGGUUCACAGAUUCUCACAUCUCCACCAUCAUUACGAAUUACCCACGGCUGUUCAUAUUAGAUGCUGAGAAAUUCAUUGCUCCCAAUCUCAAGUUUCUCCAGUCCAGAGGACCUCCAACCUCUGAGCUCACUGAGAUUCUCUCAAAAGUCCCUAAAAUCUUGGGGAUGAAAGGGGACCAAGCUGUCGGCAGAUACUAUGAUUUCAUCAAAGACAUCAUUGAAGCAGACAAGUGUUCUAAGUACGAAAUGUCAUGUCUUUCUCUCCCUGAGGGUACCAGGCAGGAGAAUAUCAUCAGGAAUGUGUUGGUUCUUAGACGAUUGGGCGUGCCUCAGAAGCUCCUAUUCUCCUUGCUCGUCUCAUCUUCCCAUAUUGUCAGUGGCAAAGAAAGAUUUGAGGACUCCCUCAAGAAAAUUGUUGACAUGGGUUUUAAUCCCAACUCCUCAAAGUUUGUCGAAGCUCUACGCAUUGUUUACCAAAUAAGCGACAAAACAAUAGAAGACAAAGUUAAUCUCUAUCAAAAGUUAGGUUUUUCUGUGGAAGAUGUGUGGGAAAUGUUCAAGAAGUAUCCGUUUUUGCUGGCAAUCUCCGAGAAGAAUAUAAUGAACUCCUUUAAAACAUUUAUGAGCCUAUCAUUCACCAGAGAUGAGUUUGUGAGGAUGGUUAAGCACUGUCCUCAGUCCAUUGGGUUGUCUGCAGAGUUGGUGAAGAAGAAGACCGAGUUUCUGAUGAAGAGUAGGAUAUGUUCUUUAGAGGAUGUGGUUUCAAACCCUGCCGUAUUUGGAUACAGCUUGGAGAAGAGGAUUGUCCCAAGGUGUAAUGUGAUCAAAGCUCUCAUGCUCAAAGGAGGUGGAAUCCCUUCAGUUGGGUAUAUUUUGGUAUGUAGAGACGAAGUUUUCUUAAACAGGUAUGUGAGGAAGCACGAUGACAAGGAGCUUGUGGCUGAGUUGAUGGCUAUCUUCACCGGAGAGGGUGCCUCAUAGAUUCAUAACGCCUGUCAAGGCUUCUGGAAAAAACUCAACGUUAGACUUGUGUAAUCUCAAUUUGCUGAACCAUUUCUCUCUACUGUUUUAGAACUUUAAUUUUGUUCUCUUCUCUCUGAUAUCUUACUUAAAG